UAGUGUUUUCUAUUUAAUAAUUAUGACAUCAGCUCUUUUAUAUAUGACUUUGGCAUCCUUACUUGUGGACUUUAGAAAAAGGGACUUAACAUUCAAAGCAUGGUUCCCAUUUGAUUAUUCGGUUUCUGUGAUAUAUUAUUUUCUAUAUAUUCAUCAAAUUAUUAGUAUGGCACUGUGCAGUUUUUUGAGUGUUGCCAGCGAUUGCUUUAUCUCUGGACUACUACUCCACAUUUCCUGUCAGAUCGAGAUCUUAGAGUAUCGUUUGUCACAGUUCGCAAAUAAUCAAGCUAAACUAAGCGAAUGCGUGUCUUACCAUUACCGCAUAUUUGAAUUUGCUGAUAUGUUGAACGAUAAAUUGGUAAUUGUCAUCGGUAGUCAAUUCAUAGGGUCUUGUUUGGUGAUGUGCUGCCUUCUUUUUCGUAUAACAGUAUCAAAGUCUACCUCUAUGUAUAUGGAAACGAUAAUGUGUAUGGCUUGUGUGUUAAUGGCUAUAUUCUAUUAUUGUUGGUUCGGAAACGAAGUCAGAUUGAAGAGUCUGGAGUUGUCGGAAAGUAUCUACAAAAUGAAGUGGCCAGAUCUCAAUAAUGACGUGAAGAAAUGUUUCUUGAUUAUUAUGAACCGUGCCACCUCGUUACCCAUUAAAUUUACUAGUGCACGUAUUGUCCCUUUGAAUCUCGAGUCUUUCGUGGUGGUGCUUAAGAUGUCAUAUUCAGUUUUCAAUCUAAUGCGACAAACGCAAGAAGAACAUUAGAAAGGAAUAAUCUGCACAACUUGAUAUUGACUGCACAACUGAAAACUUUAUAUUUGAAUAGAGAAGUAACAAUUUAUUAAAAUUACUUUUAUUGAGUUACUUCUGUAACUAUGUAGAACGGAAAUAUGAAAUAUUCACUAAAGUGAGACAAAUAGAAUUAACCAUACAGAUUGAAAUACUAAUUGUAUCGUAAAUGUAGCUUGUAAAAGCUGUGGGUUAUGCAUAAAUAUGACUCGAAUGGUGAA